AUGGUUGCCCCGACCAUCGAAAGCAGCAAAGCUGCCCCGAAGCAACCAGCGACAAAAUCGGAUGUUGCGGUGCCGAAGCUUAAUAGCGACAUGGAAAUGGGGGACCUACCUGCUACCGACCAGGAGCAGGUGAGUGGCAAUGAUGAUAUUAUGCAGCUUGCAAGAGUAGGCGAUAUUAGCGGCAUGGAGAAGCUUUUCGAGUCUGGGAAUUACGAUGCGACUUACACCGACGAUGAAGGCAUCACGCCUCUACACUGGGCCGCGAUCAACAACCAGUUUGCCAUGUGCAAAUUUCUGAUCGAGCAUGGCGCUGAGAUUAAUAGAAAAGGUGGCGAGUCCGUCGCAACACCUCUGCAAUGGGCUGCCCAGCGCUGUCAUUACUACACAGUCAACCUGCUCCUCCAGCAUGGCGCCGAUCCCCUCAUCACCGAUGCCCAGGGUUACAACACCCUUCAUAUCUCGACCUUCAAUGGCAACGUCUUCCUGAUUACCCUGCUCCUGCACCAAGGCAUUCCCGUAGAUGUCAUCGAUUCGUAUGGACAUACCGCUCUGAUGUGGGCUGCGUACAAGGGUUUCCCGCAAUGCGUCGAUGUAUUUCUACGAUGGGGCGCCAGUGUUGAGGCUACCGACGAGCAAGGAUUCACCGCGUUGCACUGGUCUCUUGUUAAGGGCAGUCCAUUCUGUAUCCUCAAGCUUAUUGAGUACGGGGCGGACAGGUUUGCGAAGACAGAGGCCGGCAAGACCCCGGCCAUUACUGCUAGCGAGCUGAAUACGGAAAAAGCAUGGCAUUCGGCGCUGAGGGGAUGCGGCUAUGAUGAAGAUGGGCAUCCGAUAUCUCCUCCGUGGCCUGGCGCGUCGUACUUUUUGCAGGACAAGAAGGCUUUCAUUCGCAGGUUCACGUAUCUCUGCCCCUUCGUCCUUGUUUGGGCUGCGAUACUCUGCCUCUCAACUUUCCCGAUCUUCAUGGGCCUUCCAUUAGCAGCGGGCGUGGGUUUUGGCAUACAGUACGCCGCGCAGCGUGUGUUGGAAUAUGCACCUUCAUCCAUGGGCGCAUUUCACAAGACGCCCUGGCUUGCAGGCAUCUUCUCAGCAUCUCUGUUUCUCGUCGGGCUUGACUGGUUAUUUCUUGUGCUACCCAAGACAGUCUUUUCUCAUGACGAGUUCAAGCCCCAUCUUCUGCUCAACUUGAUGUUUGCCGUUCUUUUUGGGUUGACAACAUACUUUUAUGCCUCUGCAAUGAUUUUUGAGCCAGGCUUUGUACCGAGGCUCAACGGUAUCGCAGAGCAAAAGGCCGCCAUUGACGAGCUGCUGAAGCUUUGGAAGUAUGACGAGUACAACUUCUGUGUGACUUGCAUGAUCCGCACACCACUCCGAAGUAAGCAUUGCAAGGCCUGCCAGCGAUGUGUGGCAAAAUAUGAUCACCACUGUCCUUGGGUAUAUAACUGCGUUGGAGUGAAUAACCAUAGGCACUUCUUCUAUUACCUUGUGUUCCUCGUAGCGGGUAUUCUCAGUUACGAUUGGCUACUUUAUCAUUACUUCACUUUUCUCUCGAAAACGGCAUCCGACCAGUGCAAUUUUCUCAGCCCUAAUCUCUGCAAGUUGGUUAAUGCAGACACCUUCACCUUAGUCCUCGCUAUCUGGGCCACUCUUCAACUUCUAUGGGUUUUCAUGCUCUUGUUUACCCAAUCUAUACAGGUUGCUCGUGCAAUGACCACCUACGAAAACAUGUACGGUGUUCGAGAUAGCCCGGUUACUUUGGCCGUUACAUCCACGGGGCAACCACUGAAUCCUACCCUUCCAACUACUCCCUCUGACAGCACAGGUGCUGGACACGGACACAAGCACAAAGGAGGCAGACUCAAGCAAUGGGGUCGCCUUCUUGGUGUUGACCCGUUCCUCGAGACGAUCGCUGGGCGUGGUGCCGCUACUGGAAAGAGAAAGAAGAAGAAUCCUUAUAGCAGAGGCUGUAUCGCCAAUUGCAAGGACUUUUGGCUUGAUCCAGCCCCGGUAUUUGGUCGGAGAGAGAACGGCAUUUCAACCCUGGGUGGUGACCGGGUCGACUACACAGCAAUGUACGAAAGCCCGACACUGAUGCAGCUGACGGGAGUCCGUGGCCGUGACGGGUACGAGGCUGUUGGGACCGAGGAAGUAUAA